AUGUGCGAUCACCAGUCGACUGCGAAGGUAGACCUCGAGAUGCUCUCGCGCCCUGGGCGCAAGGGCGAGCUCAACGACAAGAUCCUCCAGCGCGUCCGCUUCCUCGCGGCGGAGCUUCGCCUCCCCGAACUCGAGGCGAAGUUCGCACACUUGAAGGAGAGGGGCGGGGCCUGGCGCAUCGGCAGCGCUACCGACAACGUCGAUCUAUCCGCAUACAUCGAUCACACCCUACUCAAGGCGGACGCCUCCCACGCGGCCAUUGCGCAGCUGUGCGAGGAGGCAAAGACGCAUCACUUCAAGGCCAUCUGCGUGAACGGCUGCCACGUGGCUCGGUGCGCGCAGCUGUUGGCCGGCUCGGAGGUGCGGCUGGGGUGCACCUGCGGCUUCCCGCUGGGCCAGAUGACGCCUUCCAUGAAGGCGGCCGAGGCGGCCGAGGCGAUCUCGAGCGGGGCACAUGAGGUGGACAUGGUCAUCAACGUCGGCGCCCUCAAGAGCAAGUGCUACCUCGACGUCUUCAAGGACAUCAAGGGCGUCUGUGAUGUGUGCGCGAACACCGGUGUCGUGUCGAAGGUCAUCCUCGAAACCUGCCUCCUGUCGGAGGAGGAGAUCAUGGACGUGUCCAUCAUGAGUGUUGCGGCCGGCGCGACCUUUGUGAAGACCUCCACUGGCUUCAGCACGACGGGCGCAACCCCAGAGGCAGUCGACAUCAUGCUAGCCGUUGUCGGCAACACAGCUUCCGUGAAGGUGAGCGGCGGCGUGCGGGACCGUUCAACGGCGAUGCAGUACGUUCAAGCCGGUGUGAAGCGCAUUGGCACGAGCUCUGGUAUCGCCAUCGUGUCGCCAUAG